AUGGCACGCCGAUAUAGAGACGCCGCUGCAAAAAUGCAGCAAAACGUUCAAAAACAUCUAAAAGAAAUGAAGGAACUGUCGUCGUCUGAAGAUGAGGAGCCUUGCGAGUCCAGCGUCCUGGAAGGUGUGUUCCAGAGCUACUGGCGAGGCGGAGGAGACACUCAAAUGCUUAACAGGACUAAAAAUCUAUUAGAAGAAGCCAUCAGCGGCCGCUCCGUAACGUGUCUCAUAUGCAUAGGGUCGAUAAAGAAAAGUCACGCUAUUUGGACUUGUGACCACUGCUUUUCCUACUUCCACCUCUCUUGUAUACAGAAAUGGUCCAACGAUAGCAUUAGUUUACGUAGCGAAGAAAGUACCGGCCCAAUAGCUGUAAUAAAACAACAGAAAAUCGAAUGGUGCUGCCCAAAGUGCCGGCAUUCGUAUUCCAAGGAAGAAAUACCUCGCAAAUAUCGCUGUUUUUGUGGUAAAACAGACAACCCACCCCUUCAUCCUUGGCUCAUCCCACAUACAUGUGGAGAGGUUUGUGAGAAGAGAUUGUCAACUGGUGACAAUUGUAAACAUAAGUGCUUACUGCUAUGUCACCCUGGUCCUUGCCCCCCGUGUCCACAAACUGUCAAUGGUAUAUGUUACUGUGAAAAAGAGAGAAAGAGAGUGAGAUGCAGCGCAGCCAAGUGGUCUUGUGGCCAGCUUUGUAAGAGAACUCUUUUAUGUAAAACUCAUAAGUGUGAAAAUGUAUGUCAUGUUGGAGAUUGUCCUGAUUGUACUUACACUAGUAUUCAGCCAUGUCAAUGUGGUAGUGAGAAGUCAAAGAGACCGUGCAAUGAUCCAUUCUGGCAGUGCAAGAAGCCUUGUAAUAAGUCUUUUUCAUGUGGUUAUCAUAAAUGUGAGAGAAUCUGCCAUGCUGGGGAAUGUGGUGACUGUCCCAACUCUGGUAUGACAACAUGUCCUUGCGGUGCCAACCAGCGGUUCCUAAAAUGUCCUGAUGUCAUGGAAACCUGCUUAGGUACUUGUGGUAAGAAGCAUGUAGAUUGUGAACACACUUGUCCUGAGAAAUGUCAUAAUGGAAAUUGCCCACCUUGUCAAGUUUUGGUAGCCAAAAAAUGUCAUUGCUCCACACAUACAAGGCCACUGCCUUGCAGCAAAGACUAUAAAUGUGAGUCUAAAUGUAGAGGGAUAAGGUCAUGUGGCAAGCAUGGCUGUGGAAGGAAGUGCUGCAAUGGAAACUGUCCUCCAUGUGAGAAACCAUGUGACAAGGGACUACAAUGUGGCAGACAUAAAUGCACCAACAUUUGUCACCGAGGACCAUGCUACCCAUGCCCUUUAGAAUCUAAAGUAACAUGCAGAUGUAAGGAAACUUUUGUACGUGUUCCAUGUGGACGAGAACGCCAGACUAAACCGCCCAAGUGUAACUUGCCUUGUAAAAUUAAAUACAAAUGUGGUCAUACUGAGGAAAAUAAGCAUACAUGUCAUUUCGGUGAGUGUCCUCCAUGCAAAGCUAUUUGUGACAAGCAAUAUCCUAAGUGUGGACAUAGCUGUAAAGCUGUAUGCCAUGAAUAUGUUGCUGUGGUGUUCAAGCAGGUUGAGAAACCUGCCACUCCAUGGGAGGUGCAGCCACCUAAAACCAAAAUUAUGACCUUGGAGUGUCCUCCAUGUGAAACACCAGUUUCAAUAGUUUGUUUUGGGGAGCAUGAGACAGAUGAUCAGCCCUGUCACACAGCUACUCGUAGACCUUGUGGAAGAGAUUGUGGGAAACCACUGGCUUGUGGAAACCACAACUGCACUAUGAUGUGUCACCUGUACAGUCCCCUGCCUGAGUAUCCAAAUGUGCCUUCUAGUUGCAAGCAAUGCAACAGAGAAUGUUCAGUUCCUCGUCCAGUGAAAUGUGCUCAUAAGUGUCCUAUUCGUGCCUGUCACCCAGGCCCGUGCCGUCCAUGUGAGAUACUAGAAAGAUUGGCUUGUCAUUGUGGCCUAACAGAGAUCUACUUACGUUGUCGGGAGCUUUCAACUGCUACAGAAGAAAUGCUGUCAUGCAAGCAGCAAUGUCCAAAGAACUUGGAAUGUGGCCAUCGCUGCCGUAACACAUGUCAUUCAGGAGCUUGUGGCAAUCAAGUAUGCACAAAGAAGACUAAAGUGUACUGUCCAUGUGGUAAUAUUAAGAAGGAAGCUCCGUGCACUUCUGUCAGAAGUGGAGAAACAAAGAUAUUGUGUGACGCAACCUGUGAGGCUAAGAAAGCAGCAGCGAAACUGGAACAGGAGAAAGAAAAACAGAGGUUGAGGGAGUUAGAAGAAGAAAAGAAUAGAAAAGAACUAGCAGAGUAUGAGUGGAAGUUGAGCGGUAAAAAGAAGAAGUAUAAGGAAAAGAAAAUGGUUGUGGACAAAGAUGAUAGAAGUUUUUUGAGAAAGUAUUGGGUACCAUUGUCAUCAUUCCUGGUUUUUAUAGUAGCAGCUAUUUAUUACAUAUUGUAUAUUUAG